AGUGCAGCUCAUAGUGCAUUGGAAACCACUGUACAUCAUUAACAUUUUCCAUUCCCCAACUUCCAGAAUUUUUACCCCAAGGUUUAUAGACCAGCUGAAGGACUGUGUGUAAACUGAGAGAGAAAUUAGAGGAAAACUGCUGAAAGAGCCUGCUUCUAGGCGUUCUACAGCUGCAGUGUCGACGUGGCUCUUGAGUCUUGCCUUGAACGUCUACUUGGAGACUCUCCAUUGGCAUGGUCAACCCUGCUCUCAGAUUCUCUACCAAUGAAUUCAGUCUCUAUUGAUUCUGCUGACACUAUGUGGGUGACUAACCUGGUAGCCAUGGUCUUAUUGGCCACUGCAGCCUCCGCUGCCACCGCCGCCUCAGCAGACAAGGUCCUGAGCAACCACGCCACCCUGCUGGCUGACAACAGCGCCAGCCUGGCCUUCAGCCUCUACCAGAACAUGGCCAAGGAAAAGGACCUGGAGAACAUCCUCAUCUCUCCCGUGGUGGUGGCCUCUUCCCUGGGCCUGGUGGCACUCGGGGGCAAGGCCUCCACCACCUCCCAGGUCAAGACCGUGCUGAGCGCAGACAAAGUGAAGGACGAGCAGCUGCACGCCGGCUUGGCCGAGCUCCUGGAGGAGGUCAGCAACUCCAAGGCCCGUAACGUCACCUGGAAGAUCAACAACCGCCUAUACAGCCCCAGCUCAGUCAACGUUGCAGAAGCCUUUGUCAAGAGCAGCAAGAAGCACUACAAAUAUGACCACACUAAGAUAAACUUCAAGAACAAGAAGAGUGCUUUGAAGUCCAUCAACGAUUGGGCGGCCAAGUCCACCAAUGGCAAGCUGCCCGAGGUCACCAAGGAUGUGGAGAAGACCGAUGGGGCAAUGAUCAUCAACGCCAUGUUCUUCAAACCCCAUUGGGAUGAACAGUUCCACCAUAAGAUGGUGGACAACCGUGGCUUCCUGGUGUCCCACUCUCACACUGUUGGUGUACCCAUGAUGCACCGCACAGGUCUCUAUGGCUUCCACGAGGACACAGUGAAUAAGCUGUUCAUCCUGAGCAUGCCCCUGGCCCAUAAAAAGUCCAGCCUGGUGUUCUUCAUGCCCUACCAAGUGGAGCCCCUGGAGAGACUGGAGAAGCUGCUGACCCGCAAGCAGCUGGACGACUGGAUGGGCAAGUUGAAGGAGACGGCUGUGGCUGUGUCUCUGCCCAAAGUCUGCAUGGAAGUCAGCCACAACAUCCAGAAACACCUUGGGGAGCUGGGUCUGACUGAGGCUGUGGAUAAGACCAAGGCGGACCUGUCCAACAUCUCUGGGAAGAAGGACCUGUACCUGUCCAAUGUCUUCCAUGCCUCUGCCAUGGAGUGGGACACAGAUGGGAACCCCAUAGACACAAGCAUCUUCGGUACAGACAAGCUCAAGAACCCCAAGCUGUUCUACGCUGACCAUCCCUUCAUCUUCCUGGUGAAGGACACCAAGACCAACUCCAUCCUCUUCCUCGGCAGACUGGUGCGGCCUAAGGGCAAGAAGAUGAGAGAUGAAUUAUAACACUUUGGAGUCUUAUGUGAAGUGUUUUGUAUUUUUCUAUGCAAAGAGAGGAGAGGGAGAAAAUUCAUUGUACCUCAUACCUCAAGAGUACUUUCCCAUUUGAUCAUCAAUGUGCCAACAUUCGUGCCUGUUGUUCACUAUGCAUGAUUCAGAAUGAUAUUUUUGUGUAUUUUGUCCUGUGUUUUAAGAAACAAAGCAUUGUGUACUCCAAAAAACAUGAACUUCACCAUGACAUGGUAUAAUCAUCUAGCCUGGUUUCAAAACUGAAUAUCGCCCUCUUUCACAAAAGAGAGAGAUAUUGGGUUUGGAUUCCAGGCUAUUCACCAUCACCACGUGGCAUGUUUGAGUAUUUAAAUUAAGAUGAGAUCACAGGAUGGAUACUUACAUUAAGUAUGAUCUACCAGACUAUUGCCUUAAAUGUAAAAUAAGCAUUCCUCUCAGGUUUUCCUCUUCUGUCUCUCUGUCUGUUAGCAUGGGAUCCCAACUGAUUGCACACUCUGUUUCACUAUUGUUUCAUUUCACUUUGGAUUCCAGGCUACUUAUCUGUAGUAGUUGUUUAUUUGAAUUUCACUGAAUCAACAUCAAAUUAAUAUUGAUGGGGUAUUCAGUACUCUUUAUUUUAAAAAAAACUCAUCGUGUGAUAGUCAUUCAAAGGUGCUGAGCAAAUUGCUACUUUUUGGGGGGUUUUGCCAUGAUUACCGUGUACCUUUCACCAAAUAACUAAUUGUGAGUUUGUGACAUUUGUGUCGGCUCUCCCAAUAUUAUAAAUAAAUGUAAUGUUUAAAGUUAAAUUAUUUUUUUCACAAACUUUUUUGCAAGUUUACAACCUGGUGCUAGCCUUUUGUUCACUCCCCCAAAGACCAUUCCUCUAUGACCCAGGGGUCGCGCCUCGGUCUGUAACUCUGCUUGGCUUUUUACUGAUCUGCACUGAAAGCACUGCUCAGCACUCUAUAGCUAACUAACUAGUGAAAGAAAGAAAGGCCAUGUCUGUGGAAGGCUUUUGACUAAUCAGUCUUGCCGUGUCUCCAACACUGUCACGUUUUGCCACAAAAAAAAGAAGCUUUUUGGGAACAAUGGAAUGGUAUGAGAUAGUUACAAGUUUCCUACUUUUCCAAUAAAAGCUAAUAAAAAAUAA